AUGACGAAGCUGAACUACUCAAAUAGAAAAUCCACCGGCGACAAGUUGGGCCACAUUGUCGCAAAGGACAUUAGAAAACUGCUUCCCUCCUCCAUAAACAAAAGUGGUUCCCAUCGAAAGAAAAGCGCUCUCGAGAUCAUCAUACCUGGAAAGGAUCUCACUGAUACUGGACUGAAGGAAGUGGCGCUAGCCUUGCAAGAUGUAUUGGAAGAAGUGGCCGGAGGGCCUGCGGCCAGUCUCGAAGAACUCAUCAUAUCUGACAAUGUGCUGACGACAAGAUCUCUGUCGUAUCUUGCUCCUGUGAUUGAACUCGCUGCAUUCCAUCUUCGAGACAUAGAUCUAUCGAACAACAAAAUCUCCGUAACUGAUGACCAGAGCGCUGCAGAAUGGGAAUUAUUUCUCUCAUCGUUCCGCAACUGUUCGGCACUGAGACGACUGGAUAUGUCUCGUAACGACCUGUCCGGCCCGCUCGCAUUCGAGCUGUUCAGCAAAGUUUAUGGCUGCCAGAGCCCGGUGAACCCUGCAGACUUGCCUUCCGACGAAGGUCUAAGGUACGACCAUGAAUCUUCACUCGAGUCGAGAUCAAGUGCGCUUAGUAUUGCAGAGCCUGUGAAUGAUGACAGCCGCGAGAGCUUGUUGGCAAAAGCAACAAUGUUCAAGAGAAGGCAAGGACUUCGUGCAGUUCCGUACAUUAUUGUCAACCAAACAAAUAUGACCGAUUCUGGUGCCCUCUUCCUCUCUUAUGUUCUGACAGAGCACUACUAUCCACUUCAUCUGGACAUCCAAGGUAAACCUGGACCCUUCGAAUCUCAGUUGGAGGAGUAUGGCGAAAACAAGUCAUGUUCAGGGCUGAUGUAUCUACCAAAUGACUCGCUGUCAUCUUCUGGUGAAAGAAUACUCUGUCUCGCGGAGGACAUUCGACGACAAACGCUUCAUAGUGAGGCAGAUUCCCUCAUACCCGAGGAAACAUCUUCGUUCCUACGACGAACAUCGGGUCAACCUAAAUCCUUUCGACGAUCCUCAGAUCAGGGGCAAUUUGGUGAAUUGAGGGGCUCUACCGCUGCUGAUCUCGAAAGUAUGAGAAGAAAGCUCCAGAGGACUGAGAUCGAGCAGAAUGGAGUUCACGGAGUACAGCUUUGGAAAGCAGCGAUUAGGCUCUUGGUACUUGCCCGAAAGUUCUGUGGUCAAUCAAGGAGCAGGUCAAGACUAACAACGAGACCGGGGGCGACGCGCAUUGCAGGGAAUAGAUUGACGGCAUUUGGCGCCCGUCUCACACGCCCUGUUCGGGAUCGAUGGGAGUAUUACCCUCAGGUGAAGACUUUAGAAUCAUGCCCAUUUGGGUUACCAGAUGAUCUAUGGGAACCCAUAGUAGCAGACGGGGCAGGCGCGUCAGGCAAACUUAGCCAGCACCAAAUCAAAACAGUGAUGCGGUGGGCAGGUGAUAAAAACAAUCUAAAAUCGGAGGGUCAGAUGCUGGGGAAAGAUGUCAGCACGCAGAUAUGGACCGUUCUGCACGAUAUGGGGUGUCUCGUGUAUUCUCAAGUCGUGUGA